UGCCCCCCUUCCGCUUAUAAGCCCGCAGUCUAUAGAUCUUUAGAUCUGACUCCCUCGUCUUCUUCUUCAUCAUCCCUUUGUACACAGAAUCAUGCGUUUCCAUUAUUAACUCUCUAAAGCUAAUUCUACCUCUCCAAGGCCUCCGAGGAUCUGAUAACCGUUAGAAUACAAGAAAGAAAUGGAGAAAUCCUGUAGUCUUCUUAUUCAUUUUGACAAAAGUACGCCUGCAAUUGCAAAUGAGAUUAAGGAAGCUCUCGAAGGCAAUGAUGUGGAUGCCAAGAUUGAUGCCAUGAAGAAAGCAAUUAUGCUUUUGUUGAAUGGUGAAACGCUCCCUCAGCUUUUCAUUACCAUUGUCAGAUAUGUUUUGCCUUCAGAGGAUCACACAAUCCAGAAACUCCUGCUUUUGUAUUUGGAGAUAAUUGAGAAAACAGAUACAAAGGGUCGGGUGCUGCCUGAAAUGAUUUUGAUAUGCCAAAAUUUAAGGAACAAUCUCCAACAUCCAAAUGAAUAUAUUCGUGGAGUAACAUUGAGGUUUCUCUGUCGCUUAAAUGAAACUGAAAUUAUUGAGCCUCUGAUCCCUUCAGUUUUGCAAAAUCUGGAGCAUCGGCAUCCAUACAUUCGGAGGAAUGCUAUAUUAGCUGUAAUGUCAAUAUAUAAGCUACCACAGGGAGAGCAGCUUUUGGUUGAUGCUCCUGAUAUGAUUGAGAAGGUCCUCUCAUCAGAACAGGAUCCAUCUGCCAGGCGGAAUGCAUUUCUCAUGCUCUUUACUUGUGCCCAGGAUCGAGCAGUUAACUACCUUUUGACUCAUGUUGAUAGAGUUUCUGAAUGGGGUGAAUUGCUUCAGAUGGUCGUCUUGGAGUUGAUUCGAAAAGUUUGUAGAACAAAUCAGAGGGAGAAGGGGAAGUAUAUUAAUAUAAUUAUAUCUUUAAUGAAUGCCCCCUCAUCUGCAGUUAUUUAUGAAUGUGCUGGGACUCUUGUUUCUCUGUCGUCUGCUCCUACUGCCAUUAGAGCAGCUGCCAACACUUAUUGUCAGCUUCUUCAAUCCCAGAGUGAUAACAAUGUGAAGCUUAUUGUGCUUGACAGGCUGAAUGAGCUUAAGUCUUCUCAUAGAGACAUCAUGGUUGAAUUGAUCAUGGAUGUGCUUAGGGCACUCUCCAGUCCAAAUCUUGACAUUCGCCGGAAGACACUUGAUAUUGUUCUCGAAUUGAUUACUCCUCGGAAUAUCAACGAAGUUGUUCUUAUGUUGAAGAAAGAAGUUGUUAAGACUCAAAGUGGAGAGCUUGAGAAGAAUGGAGAAUAUAGGCAGAUGCUCAUUCAAGCUAUACAUUCUUGUGCAGUUAAGUUCCCAGAAGUGGCAAGCACAGUGGUGCACCUAUUGAUGGAUUUCUUGGGAGAUAGCAAUGUAGCUUCAGCCAUUGAUGUGGUUGUUUUUGUUCGAGAGAUUAUUGAAACCAACCCUAAACUAAGGGUUUCUAUAAUAACAAGGCUGCUGGAUACAUUCUACCAGAUCCGAGCUGCAAGGGUUUGCUCCUGUGCUCUUUGGAUCAUUGGGGAGUAUUGUCUCUCUCUUUCUGAAGUUGAGAGUGGCAUAGCAACCAUCAAGCAGUGUCUUGGAGAGUUACCUUUUUUCUCAGUUUCAGAAGGAACAGAACCUACUGAUCCUUCGAAGAAAACUCAGCAAGCAACCUCCGUUACUGUCUCCUCCAGGAGACCAGCCGUUCUUGCUGAUGGUACUUAUGCAACCCAGAGUGCCGCCUCUGAAACUGCUUUCUCUCCCCCUUCUGUCGUUCAGGGUUCCUUGGCUUCUGGAAAUCUGAGAUCCCUUCUUCUUACCGGUGACUUUUUCCUUGGUGCGGUCAUCGCUUGCACACUGACAAAACUUGUUCUACGAUUGGAGGAGGUGCAGCCAUCAACAGUUGAAGUGAACAAAGCAACCACACAGGCAUUAUUGAUCAUGGUCUCUAUGCUGCAAUUAGGACAAUCUUCUGCUCUUCCACAUCCAAUUGAUAAUGACUCACACAGCAGGAUAGUUCUGUGCAUACGAUUAUUGUGUAAUACUGGCGGUGAAGUCAGGAAGAUAUGGCUACAGUCUUGCCGUCAGAGUUUUGUGAAGAUGCUCUCCGAAAAAAAGUUACGAGAAACUGAGGAAUUAAAGGCAAAGGCUCAGGUUUCUAAUGCUCAACCAGAUGACCUUAUUGAUUUCUAUCAUUUGAAGAGCAGAAAGGGGAUGAGUCAGCUUGAAUUGGAGGAUGAGGUUCAGGAUGAUUUAAAACGUGCAACUGGAGAGUUUGUCAAGGACGGUGAUGAUGCAAAUAAGCUUAACCGCAUUCUUCAACUCACUGGAUUUAGUGACCCGGUAUAUGCUGAGGCUUACGUGACAGUUCAUCACUAUGACAUUGUCCUUGAUGUUACAGUUAUCAACCGUACCAAGGAAACCCUCCAGAAUUUGUGCUUGGAGUUGGCAACCAUGGGUGAUCUCAAGCUUGUUGAGCGGCCACAGAAUUAUACCCUGGCUCCUGAAUCAAGCAAGCAAAUCAAGGCCAAUAUAAAGGUGUCUUCAACUGAGACUGGAGUCAUCUUUGGGAACAUUGUUUAUGAGACUUCAAAUGUGCUGGAACGAACAGUAGUUGUCCUUAAUGACAUCCACAUUGACAUAAUGGACUAUAUCUCUCCUGCAGUCUGCACAGAUGGUGCUUUCAGAACUAUGUGGGCAGAGUUUGAGUGGGAAAAUAAGGUUGCUGUCAAUACCACAAUUCAAGAUGAAAAGGAAUUCCUUGAGCAUAUUAUCAAGUCAACAAACAUGAAGUGCCUCACAGCACCAUCUGCACUAGAUGGUGAGUGUGGAUUCCUAGCAGCCAACUUGUAUGCUAAGAGUGUGUUUGGUGAAGAUGCCUUGGUGAAUGUGAGCAUUGAGAAGCAGACAGAUGGAAAGCUGAGUGGGUAUAUCAGAAUAAGGAGCAAGACACAAGGCAUCGCUCUUAGUCUUGGGGAUAAGAUCACCGUGAAGCAGAAGGGAGGCAAUUAAUGCAUGGAACUUCAGCUACUGUUUCUACCGUACUGGUACCCUUCGUGUUUUAGGUCGUCUGUAGAGAUUCCAUGCCAAUCUGGCUACGUUGAAAUGCAAGUUUUACUUUUCUUUUUUCUGUUGUUAAACCGAUACAGGUAUUUAGCCCCCAAACUGAGAGAUGCGUGUGCAUUUUUGUUAAAUUCUCUGUAUUUAGGUAUAUUAGUCAGUAAUCGGUACUUAAACGUUGUUGUAUUUGCAGCUGCAUAUUUCGACAAUCGAAGGUUAUUCUUCGAACAAUGGUCAAGUUGCUGCUUUUUGUCAAUGUUAAAACGGGAAUUUUUAUUCUGAUUCAUUAAAAACCAUUGAAUUUC